AUGUUCUUAGGAGCAGGGCCCAACGUAGAUAAUCCGACGUUCAAGUCCGAAACUAAUCAUAAUCUGAGAGUUUAUUUAAAGCAUUGCGGGUCGGGACUAAUAUUAUUGAUGCUAUAUCACGGUAGAAGUUUCUGGUUUCUCAGUGACACGGGCAAGACUUUUAGGACACUGGCCGAUAUGUUGAUGAUCAUGACUAUCAUGUGUUUUUGCGUUCCCUUCGCGACCAGUGGCCGUCAGCCUUACCCUAAAUUCAAGUUUAGUCAGAUUUACCAAUUAGGAGACUCGAUUUCUGACACGGGAAAUACAAUUCUCUACUCUCCCUGUGCAAAGCUACCAUAUGGUGAAUCUUUUCCCAAGGGACCCACGGGUCGUUGUUCAAAUGGCUUUCUUAUCAUCGACUAUAUAGCAAAGGCGGCAAGACUUCCUUUGCUGCCACCGUACCACGAUACAACAGCCGAUUUCAGCCAUGGAGUCAACUUUGCAGUGGCUGGGGCCACCGCUUUGUCGCCAAAUGCGUUGGCCAGGAAAAAUAUUCAAGCCGGAGGAAACUCUCUUGAUGUCCAGUUGGGUUGGAUGUCCUCUUAUUUCAACUCCAUUUGUUCCAGUCACUCAGGAGAAGUGGGUGGAAAUGAUUACAAUUUCGCAAUGUCCCAGAGAAAAAGUAUGGAAGAGAUGAGAGAGAUGGUGCCUGAUGUGGUCGAUGCCAUUCUAGAUGGUGUUAGGAAAGCGAUUAGUUUUGGAGCUAAAAAAUUAGUGGUCCCCGGGAAUUUCCCAAUCGGUUGUAUCCCCGGAAACAAAGCAGCUUUCCACACCGACAAUCAAACAGCAUACGACAGAUAUAAAUGCCUCAAAUACCUGAAUGAGUUUGCAGCUUACCACAAUCAACAGCUGCAGCAAGGCAUCCAGAGACUGAACGAACAAGAACAGCCAAACGCCACCAUCCUCUACGCAGAUUUCUACAAGGCUUACAUGUUCGCGCUCCGAUAUUCCAGAACAAACGGAAUUGAUACUGAGAAUGUUUGUUGUGGGAUGUGUGGAUUUGGAGUUCAAGCUUGUCAGAAUCCUGAUAGUUACUUGAGCUGGGACGGGAUGCACAUGACCCAAGAGUGUUACAAGUUAAUGUCUGCCUGGUUGAUUCACAAUCUCUUCAUCAAGCUUCAAUGAGAUUUCUAGAGCAAAUGCAGUCCAGUACUGUUAUAGAGUUUGGUUUAGUUUAACUUGUAUUUGUACUCUUCAUCUCGUGUUGGUAAAAUAAGCGUGGGUUUUUAUCGACUCAGGGCAAAAUAACUCUGUAAGCUGUUACUGUUUCGGAAGGUUUAUGUAGUGUCUCGUUAAAAGCAUCUUUAAUCUUGAAAGGAAAUAGGAUAUGUUUUGCAUCUGUGUCAAAAGGAUACUUAUUCUAAUUAUCUCUAAAGGAAGAUGGCAUAGGAUUCUAACCUGAAGUUUGAGCACUUUAUAAAGAUCUAGGUGACCUUAUCUAUACAGAUAGAAUCCUGCUUUGCAUAAUUGUCCUGGAAGUAAAAUUUAUAUAUAAGACAACAAAUGUACAAAUGAAAUUGUACAUUACAUUUUGAGGUAAAUAUCGUUACGUAUAGAGUUUUGCUUCUGGUCCUCAUUGCAGAGCUCCAGGGUUUUACUACCAACCGAGAGCAAUUACAAUCUUCAAUGUCUAUUUCAAUCUG